ACAUGACGGGUUUUAAUAGUUGCGUAGCUCAGACAAUUUUAGGUGUCCAUACAUUUGUGAAGUCGACGUUUUUCCUUCGUACAGCAUUGCCAUAGUUUGCACUGUGUGAAUGGGGAAGAUGCGUCUAACCGUAUUUUGUUGAGGACUGUUUUCCCCACGGAGAGAAAAUGCACCGUUGUCGAGAUACGCCCAGGAGAGACUCCAAUAUGACAGUCAACAACCGGAACAUGUAAACCGUCGAUUCUGUGCUAAAUCGUAUUGGAAAUUACAUGACACGUCGGUAUUGAGCACACAGAACCCAUUUGACUAUUAUACACAAUCGAGACUCUUCCAACAACAAUGACUUCGCUACGCAUUUGAAUACGAUCGUGGAUUAUUGGAUUUGAUUUUAAAAGUUAAAGUACAGUGUCGGGGUGAACCCCCCACGAUCGGUGGGUGGGUGGAGGAGACAGAAUUUUCUUCUGGAACUUGUACCAUUAGCCAGCCGCCAAACUGGCAAUGGCCGCAGCGAUCGCCAGCUCCCUCAUUCGGCAGAAAAGGCAGGCGAGGGAGCGGGAGAAGUCGAAUGCCUGCCGCUGCGUAAGCAGUCCGAAUAAAGGAAAAGGAACCUGCGAGAAACCCAGCAGGUUAAGCGUGUUCUCGAGGGUGAAACUCUUCGGUUCCAAGAAGCGGAGAAGAAGGCGACCAGAGCCCCAGUUAAAGGGAAUAGUGACAAAGCUGUACAGUCGGCAGGGGUUCCAUCUGCAGCUCCAGGCGGAUGGAACCAUCGAUGGAACGAAGGAGGAGGACAAUGGCUACACAAUGUUUAACCUCAUUCCCGUGGGGCUCCGGGUGGUGGCUAUCCAGGGUGUGCAGACCAAACUGUACCUGGCCAUGAACAACGAGGGCUACCUGUACACAUCGGAGCACUUCACGCCAGAGUGCAAGUUCAAGGAGUCGGUGUUUGAGAAUUACUACGUGACAUACUCCUCCAUGAUCUACCGCCAGCAGCAGUCGGGCAGGGGCUGGUACCUCGGUCUGAACAAAGAGGGAGAGAUCAUGAAGGGGAACCAUGUGAAGAAGAACAAACCAGCAGCCCACUUCCUCCCCAAGCCACUGAAAGUGGCCAUGUACAGAGAGCCCUCGCUCCACGACCUGACGGAGUUCUCCCGGUCCGGCAGCGGCACGCCCACAAAGAGUCGGAGCGCGUCGGCCAUGUUGAACGGCGGCAAGGUGGUGAGCCAAAACGAGUCGACGUAGCCGGGCCACCGUGGGCUCGGCCCGGGCAGAUUCCUACACUUACCUCCGGAUGCUCGCGACUUCAAGCAGACGACUCCCCCUCCCCUUCUCGAUACCAUCAGCGGUUCAGGACAAAGACCAGAGCAACACAGUUAGGCCAACGAUGUUCUCUUAAGCCACAGUGAUGGCUGUCGAUAUUAAAGAAAAAAACGAACGCAGGAAUAGCAAAGCCACCUACCUUCCAUAGCCGUCUCUCUUAAAAGCCAAGCUGUUUUGCUGCUCCACCCCGCCUCGUUCUCCCGCGAAUAACCAUACCGUAGAAUUUACCCACACGUCUUUGCAGACGUCAGGGCUGGCAGUGAAAGGUCAAAGUGCCACUGCUUGGGUAAGCUGUUGAGAAGUGACCUGUUCCAUGUGUCAUUAACGCUUCUUAAGAACUGAUCGAAAACUUCCCAUGUCGCAGCCUCCAGUAGCUGAGGCCAGGGGGUGGCUGUCCUGCACUGUCGUGCUUAAGCACAGAGACAGAGCGCUAUUGCAUCGGGGAUAAAGAAAAACAGCCGUCACUCAGCUUAUCUGAAUAAAGGGGAUUUGGGGGGGGGUUUCACACAUAAAAGCUGUGCCUCCAUUUUGCUUGCUAAUUUACGGAAUUAGCCGAGAGCUUUUCUUUCUACCCUCUCCUCACUGUCUGCGUAUUGCUGUCCCACAGUGCGAAAGGGGCUCCAGCACACCAAAGAUGGGAGUGGAACUGCGCCCCUUUAUGCAGUUUAACAGCCAAUGUAGAGGUGCAGCCGGAAGCGAUGUGUUGUGUUCAUUACGUUUCAGGUUUAAAAGGAAAGGAAGGAACAAAUGAAAAGGUAGCAUUGCUCUGUCGGACUUAAUGGAUCAGUAUUACAGGAAGUGUUUUUUUUUAUUAUUUAUUGGCACGAUUUCUGCAGUAUGAGUUGACUGUUAAAUGUUUUCCCCAUUGUCUGGAUCUUGUCAGGUUGUCUCUGUCUCUGUCCUGUAGUCUAUUACCAAUAAUCGAGUGCUUGUGUCAAGCCCCACACCCUCUCUUUGUUGAAAAUGCAUUGCCUGACUCUGUUCGCCAUGACGAUAUGGCGAGGCUCCCAACCAGACCACUGUUUUGUGUAUGAAUAGUGGUGACCAUUUUCUAUGAAAAAAAGUUGAUACUGUGGAAUUUUAGGUGGCUUAACUUUUUUAUAGGUUGUGUUUUAUUUGUAAAGUGAGCAAAAUUGCAAAGUGGGGGAAAAUCCUUCCCUUUGUUGUACAGGGCAUGUACAAAUAAAGUUCUUGUGUAGAGCAAGGACCCCUUCUUGUGGGCGAAGUACUCUUUCCCUUGAGCAGCAUAUCUUCUUCUUCUUCAUACAUGCUACAGGGAGGCCCCUGUUUAUGGUUUAGUUCCAUUUAAUUUUAGGUGAACAUAUCUGUUGCAUGGGAGACAGCUGGGACUUCUGGAAUAGAGCUGCAUGAUGUAGGCUAUGUGUAUUAACCCAUGUUGGAUCAUGUGUUCCAAUGCAUACCAGGAUAAACCUGUAUGGUGUACAAGCGGGCUUUCAGCCUGGUACC